AAGCGAGAAGGAGGGGGAUGUGGUGCUGCCGCGGCCGCCACCGCAGCUGCCGCUGCCUGCUUGUUGCCGCUUCUUCCCGGAGGCGGCUGCUGGAAGCUGCCGGGAGCAGCUGCAGUCUCUGCCAUAUUGUGUCUUCCCCUAGCCGUCCUCGCCUCCCUGCUGCGGCGGCCCAGCUGACGGAAAAAAGCCUUAGCCUUAGCGUGCAAAGAAAUGACAUACUUUUUUCUACUCCAACUCCAAGUUGCGGAGGGAGGAGGGCAGUUAUUUAUUUAAGAUGGCCAAGCCCCGACUGGACUCAAAGGAGAGACAGACCAACUCACCAGGAACGGCCACAGGAUAAGAACUAUAAGAGUAAAUGGGUCCAAUAAUUGGAAUGACUCCAGAAAAGAGAGCUGAAACUCCAGGAGCUGAAAAGUUUGCAGGAUUAAGCCAGAUUUACAAAAUGGGAAGCUUGCCUGAAGCUGUUGAUGCUGCCAGGCCAAAGGCCACUCUAGUGGACAGUGAGCCAGCAGAUGAUGAACUCACAAACUUGAACUGGCUUCAUGAAAGUACUAAUCUUCUAACAAACUUCAGCUUCGGAAGUGAGGGUCUUCCAAUUGUUAGUCCCUUAUAUGACAUAGAGGGAGAUGAUGUGCCAUCCUUAGGACCAUCUUGCUACCAGAACCCAGAAAAAAUAUCAGCAACUUCAAAGCCCCCAUACUCCUUUAGUCUUCUGAUUUAUAUGGCUAUAGAACACUCUACAAAUAAAUGUUUGCCUGUCAAAGAAAUUUAUAGCUGGAUUCUGGACCGCUUCCCAUAUUUUGCUACUGCACCAACAGGCUGGAAGAAUUCUGUUCGAAAUAAUCUGUCCCUGAAUAAAUGUUUUCAGAAAGUGGAAAGAAGCCAUGGCAAGGUUAAUGGAAAAGGUUCUUUAUGGUGUGUUAAUCCAGAAUAUAAACCCAACCUUAUGCAGGCACUGCAGAAGCAACCUUCUUCCUCAGCAUUAACAUUUUACACCCCUCCUGCAUCUCCACAAAGUGGCUCUUUAUCACCUCACUACUUAAGUUCUGUACUCACACAGAACCAGGUGCGAACCCUCAAAGAAUCUGAUAUUGAUGCUGCCACUGCAAUGAUGCUUUUAAAUACUUCUAUAGAACAGGGAAUUCUAGAAUGUGAGAAGCCUCUUCCUCUUAAAACAGCAAUGCAGAAAAAGAGGAGUUAUGGCAAUGCAUUUAAUCAUCCCAGUGCUAUGCGAUUACAAGAGAGUGAUUCUUUAGCCACUAGCAUUGAUCCAAAAGAAGACCACAAUUACAGUGCAAGUAGCAUGGCAGCACAGCGUUGUGCGUCCAGGUCUAGUAUGUCUUCCCUGUCCUCAGUGGAUGAGGUAUAUGAAUUUAUCCCAAAGAGUAGCCACGUGGGAAGUGAUGGCAGCGAAGGAUUUCACAGUGAAGAAGAUACAGACGUUGACUACGAAGAUGAUCCUCUUGGAGACAGUGGCUUUGCAUCACAGGCUUGUGCAGAUACCUCUGAAAAAGGGCGGUCAGGCAAAAAGAUGCGAAAACAGUCAUGUCAAGAAAUCGAUGAGGAGCUCAAAGAGGCAGCUGGAUCUCUGCUCCACCUGGCUGGAAUUCGUACAUGUUUGGGUUCCCUAAUAAGUACUGCAAAGACACAAAAUCAAAAGCUGAGGAAAAAAUAGAAAUACCUAUUAGUGUGAAAUUAUUUUAAAGUGUGGCAAUACUCUUCUACAUAAUUCUUUACAAGGGAUACUAAAGCCAUAUGGACUUCCUUUGUUUUAGGGUGGGGGAGGGAUGUUAAUUACUUGUUUAUUUUAAAGUAUUUUGUUUCUUUUUUAAAUUUUAUUAAGUAAUUGCUGUUAGGAUCAUGCCCCACCUAAAUAUGAUGCGAAGUCCUAAAGGCAUAAUUUUUGUGAUAAGUGUCUCCAAGAUUUAGAAAUUUUUAUAUAAGAAAAUCCCUAGUCUCUAUCUUAGACUUUUAGGAAAAUUCUUUUAUUCUAUUAAUAUUUCAAAAUGUGUCUAUUUUCUUUUUCAAUCUGCAAUUAACUACUGAUCCAGCUAAAAAUUUUGCUCAUGUCUUUCUCAUAUACUCCUCUUCUGACACAUGCAAUCUAUUAGGGUGAUAUUUGAAUUCUUUUUUGUUUUUAAUUUUUUUGUUGAAGUAUGACAAAGCUGAAUAUAAAUUGUAAAAGAUCCUUGAUGUCUCAAAAUUUUCUUUUGGUUACAGAGGUAGUACAGCAUUUUCUAAGAUUUAGAAAAGGCAAUUUUGUGGUGUAAUUUCAUCCAAGAGCACUCCAAUUCCUAUUACAAUAUUAUCUUUGAAAUUUUUUUACUUCCCAGAUAUUGCACAGCAUUUACUGGGGCCUUUUAUUCUUUCCUAGAGUGCUUUGCAACCACCAUUUAAAUAUUAGCCACUAGCUGUCUUUGUUGAAUUGAAACUAUCCAAUGAGAGGAUAUAGCCAUAGAGUGUGUUAUGGAGUUUUGACACACUUUUGCAAUGAGCAUCUUUCAUUUGCUUAAGUGUUCUACAUUCUGAGAAUCUUGUAGUAGGAAUGGAGUAUAAAGUAACCCUUUUGAAUACUUAUGUUGUCAUGAGUAAAGGUAGAUUAUUUAGGAAAAAACUUCUUUUCAAGCUUUAUAUGAAUUAAAUUUGUAUGUAUAUCCAAUUAAAUUUAAAAGGAUGUAACAAAAUUAGGGACAAAAUACCUUUAUAGAUUUCAAAAUUUAUAUAAAAUUAAAUCUUAUAUAAUUCACCCUUUUGAGGUGUCAGUGUAAUACCUAUUAUGUGCUAUCAACCCAUGCUAAAAGAUUUUAUAUUACAGUUCUAAACGUGAUUGACUAAGGCAUUUAAGUAUUCAAACAAACCUACCUGCGUGUAUGAGACAUUUUUUCAUAUCAUUUGUAUAGUUUGACUAUAUUACUCAGAAGGAAUACAGGAUACUAAUAAAAUUAAAUUUAUUCAUUAUAUUUUUUUUACAAUGGCAGAAGCAACUUUUUGUAAGUUCAGUCUUAUGCUCUCUCCUGUUUCAGAGACAAUGACCCUGUUUUCAUUUUCUGAUAAUUUCAUAUAUGUAUACAUACAUACACACACACAUAGGCUCAUGAUUUUGAUUUGUUACUUUCAGCUAUUUCUAUGACUAUAAAGCAUUUACUUGGAUUUUUUUAAAGAGAAAUAUUUUAACUUCUAAAUUUUAUUAGGGCAAAACUGUCAAAUGAGAAGCAUAAUGAAAACAUCUUUUUCAAUUGGCAAGACGUUAAGCCAGGGAUAACAUUAAUAUUAUCUGUCCUAUUUCUAUGUUAAUUGUAAUUGAACCUGGAUAGCCACACUAAUAGAAUUGGUGCUAUCGAAAUUUGGUAAUUUUUAAAUUUGUCAGUAACGAAAAAUAGUCCUUAACCACGCAGGAUGAGGCAUUUGGAUUUUUUUUUUUUUCUGUAUGUGUCACAUCUACUACAGAAAGUGGCCAACCCAAGUUAACACCUUUUGCUGUAGACAAUGAAUAUAACACCAAAAAUUGCUUUACCACAGUAUAAAAUAGUACACAGAAUAAAAUAAUACACAGAUUUUUAUAAAAAUCAUUUUAGUAACAAUAUUUUUAAGCUAUUUACUAGGGCCCUCUGGAUAGAACUUAGUAGCAAUGUUUCAAUGAUCUGGUUCCAGUUUAUUUUGCUCUACUGAAAUUCUGUACUACAAAUGUUCUCUCUGGUUCCUGUCCAUUAGAUCAUUAUUCUUUGUAAGGAAAGGAAGAUGAUCUCAGAUAAGGAGGGAGAGUUGUCCCCAAUUCUAAUAGGGAUCUUCAAAAUUAUUUUGUCUUAACAUAAAUAACAGUAGCUCUUUAAACUUGAUUUUCUCUCCCUCUUCGUGUACUCCUCCCACAAAUUUAAAAGUUUAGGUUAUAUUCAUCACUAGCAAGGGCAAUAAAAACUUUUGCACUGAAAGCUAACAGUAAGAAGUUACACAUAUUUUACACUUAAUUCUUGUACAGAAUUCAGUGCUUCACUUUCUAUUUGCUGAUUUACCAACACAGCUAUUUUCAAGGGGAGGAACCAUUUUAAUUACGGCCCCCCAUAUUCCAUAGUCAUUAUGAUAUCAUUUCUCAGGUGUAUUGAGAUAAAAACAUGGCUAAUAACCACCCAAUUAAGGAAAGUCAUUUCAAGUCCUAUGGACUGGAAAUUGUGUCUCCAAUAGUAUAUUACUAACAAAUUUUACUGUAAUAAAAACAAGUUGGCAAUCCUGGAGAAGUUAUAUAUUUUCCAACAUUUUAAAACUGUGAUUUAAGCAAACCUAUAAUUUGCCUUACAUCGACAUAAAUCGUUACAACCAAUUCCAGUUUAUAAAUAGAUCCCUAGUAAAAAUUUUGCCUCAAAAAAAUCUUCAUCUUUCACAUCCCAAAUAGAAUCAGUGUUUCCUGAAUACUAUAUAUUUUUGAAAUAUAUUUGUGCAAUAUAUUACUAAAUUAGUUAAAUUUUAUUUUACUCUUCAAAUUCAGAGAAAGAAAAUAUUACUCAUAUUCAUGCAAAAGCUAAUUAUUGGUGGAUCACUUUCUUUUUUUCCACCUUUGAGCCUUUCCUGUUCUCCUUGCCAGCAUGACUUCUCUUAGAAUUCUUUGUAUAUAGUAAAGUUUAGAAUAUAUAUUUUUUUUCUUUCGCUACUUUCUGAGGCAUUAUGUAAAGGGUUGAUCAGUUAAAUCUAUGUUAGCGCAAAUUCAAAGCUAGAGAAAGUGUUAAAGAGGGAAUGUGUGUGUCUUGGUAGACCAGGAGGCCUUUCCCAGCAAUUUAAGCAACAGAUGUGAAUGCUUCACAAAUCUAUAAGACUAUUGUCUUAAAUACUACAGUAACUCAACUACCUUUUGUGAAGACCAUAGCAUUUAAAUAAGAAACUUUGAGGCUUUCUGGUUUACAUAUAUUUUUUAGUUUUUGUUAGUUUGAAAUGUGUAAGCUUUGAUUUAAACAAAGUUUACUUCAUUAUGUUAAUGAUGUAGUCAAAAUAUUUAUUGAAAAACAAAGUAGAGUAUUUUAAUGUAUACCUGCCUUUAUUUUCUUAAAGCAUAUUUUUUUGCAUCUAACUGCCAGUGCCAUUGUCAAAAUUUGUUUUUAAACUGUUGUACGUUUCUUUAUUAAACUAAGUGCUUAAUUUUAAAGUAUGAUGUUACCAUCAUAAUAAUGUAUAAAAAUGUAUAAUUGCCAAUUCAUUGUAACUGUUAUUUAUUUUUAACGAAAGUGUAAGAAUGCUGUCCGAUUCAAGAAAUUUGAAUUAAACUGUUUCCUUAUCCUCUUUUCUAAUGUAGCAUAAAAAUUUCCCCUGAGUUUGAGUUUUAACUGCCAGUAGAUGACCAGUCCAAGUGUACCACUUCUCAGUUGCCAGUCAUUGCUCAUAUUAAAAACAACUUAACAAAUGUUUAGUUUUUGUAUCUAAUCUCUGAUUAUUAAAGUGUUUAUAAAGUUUAUUUUUACCAAAGAGAUGCAAUUCAUUAUGAUAAAGUAUUGCAGAAUAAAGCUUGUUUUAUAACA